AUGCGUUCAACAAGAUCACCAUCUCAGCUGGCCGAAAGUGCACCGUUUCCGGAUGAAGUAGACGAUGCUCGGCCUUCAGUUUCCCCAGCUGCGAAGCAGAAUCUCCAAGCUGUCGACCUUAAUUCAGCUUGGGCUGCAGUCAGGACAACCCUGUUCAGUAGCUAUACCAAUUUACUGCUGCCCACUGUCUUCUUGGGGAUUUUAGCCGGAGCUCAAAAAUGGAAUGAUUCCGCGGUCUUCAUCCUGAAUUUCUUGGCCAUCCUCCCCCUCGCAUCAUUGCUGUCAUUCUCAACGGAAGAGCUGGCAAAAAGUGUGGGGGAGACGGUGGGCGGAUUAAUCAAUGCCACUUUUGGGAAUGCAUUGGAAAUGAUCGUGGGCGCGACGGCGGUCAACAAGGGAGAACUGCAUAUCGUGCAGUCCAGCAUGAUCGGAAGCGUGCUGUCUGGAAAUAUCCUGAUCCUCGGAUCUUGCUUUUUAUUCGGUGGAUACAACACUGAAACUGUGACCUUCAGCGUGGACGUAAGCCAGAUCAUGUCUUCAUUGAUGAUCGUGACUUCCUCGUCUCUGAUUAUCCCAUCCGCUUUGUACUCCACCACGGUGUCCCGAUCGGACGAAGUGGAAACGGGCGUCUUGGAUCUCUCCCGAGGAGCAGCCACCAUUCUCCUCGUGUUCUAUCUCGUUUUCCUCUACUUCCAACUCAAGAGCCAUGCAGAUCUAUUCGUUACUGGCGACGAUGGGGACGAUGAGGUUAGUGAGGUGCAGUUGGGCCCGUGGUCGGCCACUUUGGUUCUCAUUCUUGCAACCCUGGGGGUGACUGUCUGUUCCGACAGCCUGGUCGACAGCGUGGACGGGAUCGUAGAAGCAUGGGGUAUAAGCCGUGCUUUUAUAGGUCUUAUCAUCGUCCCGAUCGUUGGCAAUGCAGGUGAAUUCAGCACGACCGUGAAUGCCGCCAUGAAAGGCAAGAUGGGUUUAGCAAUUGGAGUGAUUGUGGGUAGUACUUUACAGAUUGCGCUAUUUGUGACUCCAUUCAUGGUCAUCUGGGGGUGGAUUAUUGGACGACCUAUGUCGCUCCAUUUCAACACCUUCGAGAUUGCAGUCUUCUCCCUGGCCGUGGUGAUGACGAACUGUCUGAUGCGGAAGGGACAAUCAAAUUACUAUGAGGGUUUCUUAUUGAUGGGAAUGUAUUUGAUUCUAGCUAUUGCGUUCUAUGUGCACCCAGACCAAAGCGUCAUUUCCUAG